AUGUUCUGCUUCUGUUUGCAAAGUUCUCUACUCAAGCUCCAGGCGUUGGAUGUGGAGGGGGGGUCGUCUCUGGGUCCGUCCCCCGAGGAAAGCCCUCCCCCUCUGGGCAGCAAAGACCAGAAGAGCCCCUGUAGUCCCGUGGUGGAGGUGGGAGCGGUGAAAGACGGGAAGACAAUCGCCAUGUGUCACAGCGUCGAUGAGAACAGCCCUCCAGAGCUGCUGAGCGUGGGGCCCAGGCCGUCGUCGUCUCCUCGUCACCAGCCUCUGUCCUGUAUCCAGACUGAGGCGGCCCUGAGCCCCUCUCAGGCCUCGCCCCUGUCCCAGCGGGGCAGUCCUCAGGAGGGGGGAGGCGCGCUCCUGCAGCAGCUAGCAGGAGGUCCCGGCCCCGUGCCCUCUCCACGCUGCUUCAGUCUGAGCCACAGGUUCAGCACGGACCCCGACACGGCCCCAUCGCCGCCCUGCAGCCAACAGUACAUGUUGAGCCGUCGCAAUGAGAAUCAUGAAGACCCUGGACCACCCUCCGUCCCCUUCCUCACGCGACACAUCCAGGUUCUCAAGAGGAGAGUCCGGAGAUUCGAAGAGCAGUUUGAGCACGAAACGAAAUACAAGCCGUCUUAUAAUGACAAGUAUUCGAACCCAGAGAUUGUGGGCGUCAUGAAUGAACUGGCCAAAGCUCGCAAACAGCUCAAAGAGCUGCGCCUCAGACAGUCAGUGUUCGAGUCAAAGGAAGAUGAAGGACACGGGAGUGACAUCUGCAGGUACGGCAGUGGCCACCAGGGGGGGUCAGGGCACAAACCCACACUGGACGAAACAGUGGAGUCUCUGUUCAGAAGACUGAGGGAGAAGAGACAGAGCCUGGGGCUGCCUGAAAACAUGAAGGAGAUGACGCAGGCUCAGAUGGUUCUGGAGAAAAUCACUCUUCAGAAAUGUCUGCUGUAUUUUGAGAGUCUCCACGGACGACCGGGCACAAAGCAGGAGAAGAACCUGGUGAAGCCGCUGUACGACAGGUAUCAGAUGAUCAAACACCUGCUGUGCACCAGCCCCACCUUCUGGACGAUUGAGGAGGAGGAGGACGGCUCGGACGAGGACUCCAUGGAGGUGUCGGUGUCGGUGGAGGAGCGCCCGGUGUCCGCCCCCUGCAGACUGGGGGGUCCCGCGGAGGAGGACAGCGAUCGGGACAGUGACCCGGCCUUCGUCUCCCCCCUGGAUGAAGUCAAAGCUGUGAGACACGGACCAGCGCUGCACAUGAGCAACCUCCACGAAGCCUCCAGGCACCAGCUGCUGGAGUGUCUACGUCAGACCAGAGCCGAGAAGAAGACCAGGCGCAAAGUUCUCCGGGAGUUUGAGGAAGAGUUUUACCGUCAAACUGGAAGAAUCUGCCAAAAAGAGGACCGCUCUCCCAUAAAAGACGAGUACCAAGAAUACAAGCAGCUGAAGGCCAAACUCCGCCUGCUGGAAGUGCUGCUGAGCAAACAGGAAGUUCCCAAAACCAUGUGA